AUGGACCCUGAAAUUCCAGCGUGUUUGAAGUUCUUCUAUCCCUUGCUACACUUACCCUUUCGAAUGAUGUUUAUUUUGUGCCUCGCUGUAAUGAAAUCAAAGCAUCGUCUCUCAGUUCUCCUCUCUUGCAGAAUUCAAAUACGGUUCGUCAAUCUGUCAGCUGGUGUGAGCCCUGACAACGUUAACGUAAUCGCACUUUGCAGGGGUGACUUAAACCAAAGCCAAUGCAACAGUUGCCUCAACUACACCGCAACAGAGCUCGAGCGACUUUGUCCCUCCAACAAGGAGGCGACCGCGUGGUCUGAACUUUGUUUGGUGCGGUACGCCAACCGAAACAUGUACGGAAUGCUGGAGAACGAUCCUCGUACUUGUGCAUACAACGAAGCGAAUGCAUCAAACCCUGAUCAGUUCAAUCAGACAUUAAAUGAACUACUGAAUGAUCUGAGCAGCAAAGCUGCAGCUGGGGGUCCUCUUCGCAAGUAUGCAGCUAGUAAUGCUACAGCUGGUAACUUGCAAACGGUAUACGCAACGGUGCAGUGUACUCCUGAUUUGGACGAGAAAAAUUGCACUACUUGUCUAAAUUACGCGAUGGGCGAGCUUCAAAAUUGUUGCUAUGGAAGGAUAGGAUGCAGGGUUCUUAGACCAAACUGUCUCUUGAGGUUUGAAACUAAUUACCCAUUUUAUAAUCAGAUUACAGUUCCUCUGCCGUCACCGUCACCGACACCGCCACCAUCUCCAACAACUUCUUCUUCUCCGAAUUCAAUAGGAGCGCCACCAUCUCCAACAACUUCCUGUUCUCCGACUUCAAUAGGAGGUAAAGGAUCUGGCCUUUCUGCCGAAAGAUGUCAUUCUCUUUCCUUGAAAAUUAAUGCUAAGAAUAAUAAGAUCUUGACUAUAUAAGGAUUCUCUUAGCAUAAGAAAUGUAACUUACAAUUUUCUAAUGGUAUAUCUCUUGACUUUUCCGUUUUGGGUACAAAAUGGAUAUUUGAUUGUUUCCUUGAAUCCCCUGUAAAUGGCCCUUGUGUUUAUUCAUUUUCUCGCCUUAAGUUGCAUGCUACUGUUCCUUUGGCAUAACCACAAAGUUUUUGUUCUAAGAAACAAAAUAGCCAUUCCAUGAAUAAUUUUGUUGUUUUCUUCAAUUUUUUAUUGGGUUAAGAUUUACAUAAGGACUACACAGAAGACUUCUACUCAUUUAUUCAAGAGCGGCUAUCACUUUGGAAUUUUGAAGUUUGACCGUUCUUUGUCUCCACGAAGAAUUAUAAUAAUGAUGAUUCAAAAACAGUUUUUUUGAACUGAAAACUUAAUAGCGAAGGAAAAGAAAAUUUUAAUAGCAUUUUUCUAAUAAAGCCAAUAUAAAUCAGCUAAUUAAAUCUACAUGUACAGUAGAAAAUUAUAGUAAUAAAAAAGAUUUUGAAUACAUCAUGUAAAAACAGAGCAAGCAGAGCAAAGAACUUAGAAGGAAAUAGAAUAAUUUCUAGAAGACCAGAAAAUGAGUAGUGGUUUAAUAUGUGCCUACCGGAUUCUAAGGGAUCUUGCUUAUUUAUUUAUUUAUUUCUGCUUGUGGCAUUAAUU